AUGGUUCCCUCUACACCAGGUCCUGGGCCAACGACACCAGCAAGCUUUUUGCCCCAAACACCAUUCGUCCCAGCUAGUACAACCCCAACUGGUGGAGACUUUAGACAGAUCAAACAUGAUGCUGUAUCGUCUUCUAAAGAAUGGCUCACUACUGAAAUUCAAGUUCGAGUUGUUCCAGAUUCUAGAACAAAUUCAUCUCAUGCUGGUGGGCAAUAUGACAAUCGUGUAGGCGUUAUCAUCCAUUUGGAAUCGCCUACAACUUGUAUUGUAGAAUUAGAAGAGACGCAAGAGCGUUGUUUAUUUGAACAACGAUUUUUGAAACCUGUUCUUCCUCAAAAGAAGGAAAGGAUUAAGAUGAUAGGAGGAGAGCAUAAAGGACAAUUAGGGAUGUUGGUGGGUGUGGACGGUGCUGAUGGUGUAGUAAAAGUCAAAGGUGGAAAAGAUUUCAAGAUUGUGAACAUGAAUAUGAUGGCUAAAUACAUGGGAGAAGAG